AUCUGGCGACCAUGAGAAAGGCAGAGAGGUGUCAGUCUAUAAAAGGAACGAAGAACUGUCCCCUGCCUCUCAGGCUCCAACACCGUCCUUUUGCCAAGAUGGUACAGCUCAAGCUCUUUGCAGUGCUCCUGACUUGCCUGCUGCUGUUGGGUCAGGUCAAUGGCUCUCCAGUACCAGAGCUGAGUUCAGCAAAAAGAUCCCGGAGAAUGACCCCAUUUUGGAGAGGGGUUUCCCUCAGGCCCAUUGGCGCAUCAUGCUGGGAUGAUUCAGAGUGUAUCACUAGACUAUGCAGAAAAAGACGCUGUUCCCUAAGUGUGGCCCAGGAGUAAUGUUCAUACCACAUGGAAGGAUCACCUCCAACAGUGCUCUGUUCUACGGAAUAUUGGUUAACUACAUCUUGGCUGUAGACAUUUAAGUGAAGCAAUCUUGUGUUUUUAAUAUUUAAAGACAGGUACUUGCUUUAAACUGGCUUCCAUUUCUUAUUAGAA